CAUGGGAGACGUGUGGCGUCCAUGUUGGUGCGGGCGAGCAGAAGGAAACUAGCGUCCGGUCUGUUCUUUAAAAGCACAUUUUGACGCUUUUGAGGAGUAAAAAACACAUUUUCUUGAGGUUGGCCGGGAUGGUGAGGUUGAGGGCGAGAUGUCUGCUCGUUGGAGAUCCAGCUGUUGGCAAAAGUGCUCUGUCGCAGAUGUUCCACAGUGAUGGCACUCUCUUCCAGAAGAACUACAGCAUGACAACAGGUGUGGAGCUGCUCAUCAAAAGUGUCAACAUCCCUGAGAGCAACGACAGCGUGGAGCUCUACAUCAUCGACUCUGCGGGCAAGGAAGCCUUAGUGGAAACCUGUGAGAAAAUGUGGGGCAGGCCGUCGCUGCUGUGCCUGGUGUUCGACCUGACCAGCCAGCGCACCUUUGACAGCUGCGGCCUCUGGAUGGAGAGAGUCCGGGCCCACUGCCAAGGCCUCCGUGUUCCAGGUGUGCUUGUGGGCAACAAGUCUGACCUGGCUGCCAGGAGGGAGGUGACAACGUCUGCGGCGCAGGAGUGGGCCCGCAGCCAAGGCUUGGAGUACCACGAAACAUCUGCUAAGGAGAUGGAGGACAGCGAGGCGCCGCUCCUCAGUUUAGCUCGAGCCUUUCACUCCCACUACCAGGAGUGUAGAGAGACCAUCCAGAACCUGAGUCCAGGCUAGACACACACACACACACACACACAUGCUUGGGAACAAGCACCAAUAAAUUAGUUUUUGAUGGCUGGGAAAUAUUUUUGCCAUGAUUUUUUUUUGACCAGAACUCCAAAUGGACUUUAUGCUAUUGAUUUCCACAAUAAUUGACCACAAAAAAAAUAAACAUCUAAAGAUGUUUUAUGUCUACUGGUUAAAGGCCUACUGAAAUGAGAUUUUCUUGUUCAAACAAGGAUAGCAGGUCCAUUCUAUGUGUCAUACUUGAUCAUUUCGCGAUAUUGCCAUAUUUUUGCUGAAAGGAUUUAGUAGAGAACAUCCACGAUAAAGUUCGCAACUUUUGGUCGCUAAUAAAAAAAAGCCUUGCCUUUACCAGAAGUAGCAGACGAUGUGCGCGUGACGUCACUGGUUGUAGGGCUCCUCACAUCCUCACAUUGUUUAUAAUCAUGGCCACCAGCAGCAAGAGCUAUUCGGACCGAGAAAACGACAAUUUACCCAUUAAUUGGAGCGAGGAUGAAAGAUUUGUGGAUGAGGAAAGUUAGAGUGAAGCAUAAAAAAAAAAAAGAAAAGGCCACGGCUCCAGGGGGCGGCAGUGGGACCGUUUCAAAAGUAAUUAGACACAUUUACUAGAAUAAUUCUGGAAGAUCCCUUAUCUGCUUAUUAGAGAUGCGCAGUUUGCGGUCUCAUCCGCGGAGUCCGCGGGUUGGGCGGUUGACAUGACGAAAAAGUAGAUUUUAAUUAGAUUCGGGCGGGUGGCGGUCGAACCGUCUGGAAAUAUUUGAUUUGCAUUGUUCUGUGAUCGAUAUCCUUUGCCAUUCAAAGUACCAUUUAAGACCCGUGUCAUAAAGCGAAGAAGACAAUAAAAGACGCUAUUAUUCUCCUAAAUGACUGCCGGUAGUCACCCAGAUAAUAAGUAUUAGGGCGUGCUAUGAAGCCAUUGGCUUUGUCGCCUACUACAACAUGUACGAUCCUCUUGUCAGUCCAGCAUCAUGUUGUGUAUGGCUUCUGCGGCAACACGUACACGACUGCAAGGCGUACUGGGUGACACAGAGUACACUAAUGGUUGUGAUAUAAACAAUUUUAACACUCUUAGUAAUAUGCGCCACGCUGUGAAGCCACACCAAUUAAGAACGACAAACACAUUUUGGGAGAACAUCCUCACAGUAACACAACAUAAACGCAACAUAACAAAUACCCAUAAUCCUUUGUAUCCAGGGACGGCGUGGCGCAGUGGAAGAGUGGCUGUGCGCAACCCGAGCUUCCCUGGUUCAAUCCCCACCUAGUACCAACCUCGUCAUGUCCGUUGUGUCCUGAGCAAGACACUUCACCCUUGCUCCUGAUGGGUGCUGGUUAGCGCCUUGCAUGGCAGUUCCCUCCAUCAGUGUGUGAAUGUGUGUGUGAAUGGGUAAAUGUGGAAGUAGAGUCAAAGCGCUUUGAGUACCUUGAAGGUAGAAAAGCGCUAUACAAGUACAACCCAUUUAUCAUUUAUGACACAGCCUGACUAUUUCAUACACCCGGUUGGCGGGCGGGUACGGUCCUGAUAAAAUGUUGGUUCGGGUGGACGGCGGGUGGAUGACGACUUUGGGGAUCUCUACUGCUUAUUGUUCUAAUAGUGUUUUAGUGAGAUUGUAAAGUCAUACCUGAAAGUCGGAUGGCUUCGGUGAACGCCAGUGUCUCUGAGAGAAGCCGAGGAGCCAAGAUCACAGCUGCCUUUUUGAGCUGCAGUAGGAGGAGGUAUAAUCCACUGGUGUCUCCGGUAAGAGCUGACUCAAUAUCACAAUUUUCCCAUCCAAAAACUUGCUGGUUGACGUAGAGAAACAUGUUUGCUUGACUGCUCUGUGUUAAAGCUUCACAACAAACAAACACCGGCUGUGUUUCGGUGCUAAAGGCAGCUGCAAUCCACUGCUUUACACCAGCAGCAUUCUUCUUUGACGUCUCCAUUAUUACUUGAACACAUUGCAAAAGAUUCAGCAACACAGAAGUCCAAAUUACUGUGUAAUUAUACGAUGAAAAGAGACGACUUUUUGGUGCUGGGCUAAUAUGUCCGCUACAACCCGAGACGUCACAAACACGUGUCAUCAUUCCGCAACGUUUUCAACAAGAAACUCAGCGGGAAAUAUAAAUUUGCAAUUUAGUAAACUAAACCGGCCGUAUUUGCAUGUGUUGCAAUGUUAAUAUUUCAUCAUUGAUAUAUAAACUAUCAGACUGUGUGGUCGGUAGUAGUGGGUUUCAGUAGGCCUUUAAAGACUUAAACUUCUGAACCAAGAUGCUGGUCAUGUUGGACUUUAAAAAAACUCACUCUAGAAUGAUUUCUCUCAUUUCCUCUGAUUGAUUUUGUAUUCUAUUUGAUACAAGAUGGUUGUUGUGGCGCCUGAUCAAAUAAACACACAGUAGCCUGA